UGUGACGUCACGAGUUCACAUCCUGUCAAACGGACUCCGUCUGUUUCCACUCGACUCUGUGGAGUUUAUACCGAUCACUUUUAGCAAAGACAGCAAAUCCCUUUUGUUCAAUGUGAAUACGCCAGCUCCGUAGUUUGGACAGUAAUGUGUUUGUAUAAGUUUAGAUUGGGGCAUGACGUUUUUUAAUAACGGAAAGACGUUAAAGACUCGUGUUUUCAUGUUAGCAUUUAGGCUAGCUGGCAAACUGACGCUCGUCGGUCUAAGUUGACCAAAGUGUUACCAAUUAUGGAUUUUCCAUCAUUUUGAUUUAAAACAGUUAUUCCAUCAGUCGGGAGUCAAACAUCGGUUAUCAUACAGUUUAUGUGAGUGUAGUACAAGCUAAAAGUUAAAAUCGACGCACAAUAGUUACUGCGCGUUUCAGUCAUUGACGCAUCGGCGACUUUAAUUUACAGGGUUGGGGAGAGUUUCCAUCCAUCCAUCCAUUUUCUACCGCUUAUUCCCUUUUGGGGUCGCGGUGGGGCGCUGGCGCCUAUCUCAGCUACAAUCGGGCGGAAGGCGGGGUACACCCUGGACAAGUCGCCACCUCAUCGCAGGGCCAACACAGAUAGACAGACAACAUUCACAAUCACCACGGAUAAACAUGCCCAGUUGUGCAGCCUGGGGCUGCUUCACUCGCCAGAAAAGUGGGAAGCAUAUGCAUCGUUUCCCCCGCGACCCAGUAAGAAGAAAAGUAUGGGAAGUAAAGGUUCGCAGGGACGGCUGGAGACCCAAUAACUACAGCCUCUUGUGUGAGUGAGAUUAUAUGGUACCUGAAAGUUGGAGGGGUGUGGUGACCGCCAGUGUCUCCAGUGGGAGGAGGUAAGAAAGUCCGCAGCUGCAGGAGGACGCAAGCUGCGCUCAUGUCUACGGAUCAUUUUGAUGAGACACAAUACGAGCAACGUAGAGCUGAUGGCCUGAAGAAGUUGAAACCAAAUGCUGUGCCAACACUGUUCGCAUUCACUACAAAGAUUGUGAAGCACAGAAGACUUCUGAAGAGAAACAGAGUAGAUGCAUCACCACCUCCUCUGUCAAAGAGGAUACGAAUGGAACACUCAUAUUAUCAGCAAUCUCUUCUUAAUGGCACUCGAGAGAAGCCAAUUCAUCUUAGUGAAGAUGGCAUUCAGGAGAACCCAAUUCAUCGUAGUGAAGAUGAGAAGCCAAUUUAUCAUAGGAAAAAUGGCACUCUAAAGAAGCCAAUUUGUUUCAGUGAAAAUGGUACUCGGGAGAAACCAAUUUAUCAUAGAGAAAAUGAUACUUGGAAGAAGCCAAUUCAACAUAGUGAAGAUGAUAAUUGGGAGAAGCUAAUUCACCGUAGUGAAGAUGGUCCUCUGGAGAAGCUAAUUCAUCGUAUCGAAGAUGGUAAUCGGAAGAAGCUAAUUCACCAUAGUGAAGAUGGUACUCUGGAGAACCUAACGCAUCGUCGUGACGAUGGUAAUCGGGAGAAGCUAAUUCAUUGUAGUGACUGUGCAGACGCUAAUCGGGAGAAACUAAUUCACCGUUGUGACGGUGAAGAUGGUAAUGGGGAGAAGCCAAUUCAUCGGAGUGAAAAUGAGGACACACCCGAUAGUCCAGAUGAGCCCAUACACACCUUUGCACCAUGUUCUUUGAAGAGCGCACCAAGUGUUGCAGAGAGUUCAUUAGUCUCUGCAGAAAGUACAUCACAGUCUGCUGAGAGACGCAACGAGAGAUUGAAAAAAAUGACUACCCAGAUAUCAAGACUUAAAAAGCUUUUGGCUAAGGAAAGAAGGGAGAAAAGGAAACUUCUUCAACAGCAAAGUAAUCUGGAGGUGAACAUUUCUAAAGUUUUCAACAGAGAUCAGCUUGGUAAACUCAAACAAGCAAGUCCACGAGGAAUGAAGUGGUCUGCUGAAACCAUCAAAAAAGGGCUCCAAUUAAAAGUUGCAUGUGGAGCUACUGGAUACGAGGCGCUCCUCUCUCAAAAUCUGCCAUUGCCAUCAGCAAGGUCAUUGAGAAAAAGACUGCAUGAAAGUAGGAAUGAAGUGCAUCAAAGACACACACAAAAUUGCCCCCAAAUUAUACUUUGACACAAUAAAAGCAUAUUUGUAAGUUUGUUACUAUA